AUGGCUCAGCGUCAGCUUUCGCGAACGCUCCCGAAGAACUUCACGUUCCCUUCGUUCGAUGAGCCCAGGACCCCCGAACGUCCCUCCACUCAGAUCAAUAUCCCAUCGCCCCCACGUCAUAUCCGAAAUUCACUCCCGAAUACUCGCCAGCGCCCGCGUCGUGGUACUGAUGUCGCCGCGCUUAUCGACUCCGACAUCUUUCUAUUCGGGGGGUUCGGGGCCUCCUCUGACGUACCCUUACCAUCGAUCGAAGUGGGUCAAUCCAACGCGCCCGUGGACUCAUCACCACAACAGCAACAUACCAACGAUGAACGCUACCUUGCUCCGCCACGUCAACGUAUGAUUUUCAAGACACCUCCUGCGCAGAUCCGCGGUACAGAAUUCGAAUCAGGCGAGGAAAGUCAAUCAUGGCCCUCGUGGGAUCAGACACCACUGCCUCAGGAUAUUGAGCGCCCGGGCUCCGCUUGCUCUAACAUCUCCGAUUCAUCGGUGGAGUCAAUCGAGACUUUUGCAUCGCGUCCCUCGAUCGGAGGGAGCUGCUCUAGUGUGGAAAGCGAUAUUUUCGAGCCAUACUUCCACCUUGAACUUCCCAAGGAAACUGAGAUGUCGUCUCCCACCCUACCUAAAAAGGAGAAGGUUCAACGAUCAAAGGUGACCAGCAAGCCAUGGACUCGGGAGAUGGACAACCACCUCUGGAACACCUACCAGAUUUAUUUGCAGGAUCCGACCAUGACCCCCUUCAAGAUGACCCCUGGAAGCAUCCCACCUCUGGGAGUCACCUCACGCGUGGCACGCCGGGCUAAGAAAACUUGGGAGAAAAAGAAGCAGUACUUGGCUAGGACACUGCCAACCAAGCCUUCAGAUCGCAGUGGGAGCUCCACACCGAAAGCACUUGAGGGUCUUUCCAAGGUAGCAUGGCCUAAGUCUGACGCGAAGACCCGCCAGCGCCUCAAGAAGCUUUGCCGAAGCAAGUUCUCCAUCAUGCCUCAUUAUCAGCGUAUGAUGCAGUCUUGCAGUCCAGAGCCCGCUGAGAAUGAGUUUGAUGCUGUUAAUACUACUGCUUAUGGUACACGCGACCUCGGUGCAUCUCUGAUCACACCGUGCAACCCGACUCCCCUGACCCGCCUUGCCGAGGAGCCCGCUCCGGAAACCGACUGGUUCAACAACCCUGUACAGAGCCAUAUUGAAACACCUAUUGCCCAACCCUCAAAUCAACAUCUCAACGUUGACCCUACCGGCAUCCCACGUCUGGGAUCGCCAUUCGUGUACAGUACCUGGGGCCCCGGCGGCACAAAUCGUCCGGUUCAAGGUCUUCCUUCAUCGGCUCAACCAAAGACUGUCCAUGUUCCAAACCGUGUACGACGCAACACUCACUUUGAUAUGACUCCCCGUGAUCAAGAUGAUGUCUUCUCCCCCAAGACGUACGUCGACAACGACCCCUCCGAGGAGGAAGUCCACAGUCGCCUGAACAACUACCUCCGUGACAACAAAUUCCAAGAUAUUGGUCACGGUCGCGUCCGUAUUCGCAACCGCGGUGCUACAACUGGUGCUGUGGGUGGCAGCUCCCGGGAUGUCAGUCAGCUCUUCUCUCCUCCCUCGUCUCUCAACUCCUCCCAAAUCGAGCCUGAAGAGACUACCCCUGUGACCAAGCCUCCUGUCAACCCGUUGUUGAGUCUUGGCGGUGAAAACAUCAAGCGACUGGGCUCGCCAUUCAAGGUUGAAGGCGUAUACAAGCGUCGUACCACACCUGGGCGAUUUAUUCGACAUGGCCCAUCCCUGUCUGAUCCUUUCUCCAACAACGGUCUCCCAGCCUACCCAGGCUCCAUGGGUCCCUCUCCCUCCCAAGAGCAGGUCAAGCCGCAAGGACCACCCACCUCCCUCCAGAACCCCUUCGAGGAGGGGCUUUCGGAUGCCGAGCGGAUUCGCCGGCAAAUCCUUAGCAUGCCUUACAUGCGCAGUUAG